ACAAAAAUUGAAUUGAAUUUAAUUUGACCUAUAUCGACUCACACUCAGGAUAUGCAGUCUUGUACUCGGACUACUUAAAUUGGAAAUAAUGGCCAUAAAAUCCAGGCAAAAGGGCACGAUGACGUCUUCAACUCACAGCCGUUGGUUACACCCACCGAAUCACGAACCCGCCCACCUAGGAGUCACGGUUGCUAUGGUUACCGCGGACUCUUGCUUCAUCUGGUUAAACCUGGAACAAGCCGUCGAGAAAUCGGUUAUUUUGACUUGUAAGGGAAGUUAAGGGAAGGAAAAGCAGCGAUGUCUGAACCACUUAAGGACAAACCACAAAAAGCGGAGAAGAAAAUAAAAAUUCACCCGGAGGGAUCCAGAGCCAAAGAAAAAACUGCGCGGAUUAAAGACCCCGCCAGUACGCAUGUGAUGCAUGUGGACGAGCAUGUUACCCAUCAUGAAGAUCAAGCAGCUACCACGAAUCCGAAUACCUACCAACUGGGCCCUUAUAAACUAUUCCCUAUCACUACUAUCUCAUAUAUACUGAAGGAAGAAAUCACCCAUUACCUCCGAGAUAUGCAGUAUGAACCACUGCACUCUCGAGAAAUGACCCUAACUCUCUGUGAAGUGAUAAGGACCCGCGUGAAGGAGCUUAUGAUCCCCAGGUAUAAAACUGUCAUCCUGGUCCACAUCGGCCAGCUCAACGGUCAGGGGAUGCAGAUCAGCAGCCGCUGUCUGUGGGAUCCAAACUUCGACACCUUUGUGUCCCACUCCUUCAAGAACACCUCUCUGUUCUGCAGCGCCACUGUGUAUGGGAUCUACUUUGAGUAAACCGUCAGGUCAAGUUUUAGUUCCUGUUGCAGAAUCUUCCAUUAUCCUGCCAAGGACUUUUUCCUUGUAGGAUAAAAAGCUACAAAACAUAAGGAGUGGUUAGAGCCAGACCAGACGGGCUGAUGUUGCAACUUCUGUACAGAACAGUGUUCUUACAUGGAAUGUUCUCCCAGAUAACAGAAGUGUGUAUAAAACGGAGGCAUCUGUGAGGUGUUACUCUGACUUUUCUGAUUUUGUUGUGUUCAGAGCCUUUGAACGCUUGACCGCCUUCAAAUAAAAUACUUAGAAGACAAAGUUG